AUGCCAGCCGUGGUCCUCAACUACAAGCUGGCCCUGCAGGCCGCCGCCCUCAAGGUCAGCGCCAACAUCCUCGUCCAGCUCGUCACCCACUGGAACCGGCCCCUGGACCACCCGGCCGCAGUCAACGCCGACGGCACGCCCGCCCUCUUGCCCGCCGCGAGGCCGCCGCCCAUCGACUGGCUGCAGAUCCUCGAGUUCGCCCUCUUCGGCUUCCUCGGCUCCCAGGUCGGCAACAACUGGCAGCACUUCCUCGAGUACCUGUUCCCCGGCGGCGGCGGAGCCGGAGCCGGAGCCGGACCGGGCAGACCCGGCGCGGAGCCGAGCCUCGACGCCUACGCCCCGCCGUCCCCGAUCUCCAAGCGCGAGGACGGCCGGCGGCUCUCGGACGCCGCGGUGACCACCAGGAAGAAGCCCGACUGGCGGCCCUGGCGGUGGCGGUGGCAGCGGCGCGGCCGCGCCGCCUCCGUCACCACCCCCUUCCGGGCAGCUAACAAGGCCGCCGGGAGCGGGAGCGGCAUCCGGUGGCGCAACCUCGCGCUGAAGCUGCUGCUCGACCAGACGGCGGGCCAGCUGCUCAUGGGCACCAUCUUCCUCGUCGUCACCAACUUUGCGCGCGUGCCGCGCCCGUGGGUGCUGCUCGCCGUCGUCCGCGACCGCGUGCCCAGCUUCAUCUGGGCCGGCUGGCACCUGUGGCCGCUGGUCGCCGUGUGCAACUUCCUGUUCGUCCCCGUGCGCUCGCGCGUCCUGGUCGCGUCGUGCGUGGGGUUCGGCUGGAGCAUCUUCCUGAGCUUCUUCGCCAUGAGGAAAUGA